AGCAGCUUGCAAGUUAUAUCUUUAGUAUCCACUACAAAUACCAAAUAUGAUAUGCGGUGCUUUACUUCAAUUAAGUGUAAAAGAUCAAUAAAUGUCAAAAUAGAUUUUGCCUACUAAAUCGUAGGCUUGUCAUCGUAUGUAGUUUAUAACUAAAAUAUACUUUAUUUUAAAAUGGCUAGUGAGGAUGUUAUCGAAUUAGGCUCAUCGGACGAUGAAAGCCAGCCUGCACCAAAGAAGAAAAAACCUAUGCCUAAUGCUAUGGUUCAUAUACCGACAAAGCUUCCAGGAGUUACUAUAAAACCGGCUAAAUUCAAUUUAGUUCCUGCACCAAGGAUUUCAAGUAAUCCUUCUAAACCUUUUAAUGUACCCAAGGGAAUUCUAUCAAAGCCAAUCAUGAUUGGCAAAAGUAACAUUAGCUUUGAUCGCAAUAUUAAUAAACAUAAGCCCACUCCUGCAAUACGUGUGCCUAUUUUGAAAAAUAAUCCUAAAGUCGCAAGACCUGUUACAUCAAAUCCAAGUAGGAAUUUCAUUAAUCCAAUAAGUAUUGCAAAAAAUUUGAAAAAACCUGAACUUGUAAUAAAGAAAUUGGCACUAAAUAGAAAAACCAAAAGUUCUGCAGGUAUACAAGGGCCAAGGCUGUUGAAUAAUUUGCCUCCAGGCAUAACUAUCAAACCUUUAGCUCAUGCUGGUGCAUCUGGGUUAAAUAAACCCUGUAAUGCUAGGUCUCUUAAAAACUCUGUUGGUGAAGUAUUAACUGUAGAAAUAGAUGAUGAGGAGGCAAUUGAGUCAUCAAUAGGUAGUCCUCAAUGGUACCUGAGACCUGAAGAACAAGUAGAUAAUAAUUUACCUAAAGAACAUGAUGACCAAAUUCAUAAUCCUUAUGAUAAUAUCGAGCCAUCACUGGAAGAACAAAAUAAUAAAGAACCAGAAACUAAAAACUUUGUGGAAAUAACCAUAGAAGAUAGUCCUGUAAAACAUUUGCAGUUGAAAGAAAGAAAUGAGAUAGGGAAAGAGCUUGCUAUAACUAUUGAAGACAGUCCAGUCAAACUUAUUGAAAAUAAGGAAAUAGAUAGUGACGGUGAAUCAGGACAGGAUAGAGUACCACAGAGUAAAAAGAAAUUGGUAUAUCCAAGAAGAAAAGUUAAAAAAGAUGAACGCCAAGUGGUAGAAAUUGAAAUUGAUCUCAUGGAAACGGGUCCAUUUAAACAUAAUGAUAAUGAAGAUAUAGGUAAUGAACAAAAUGAAUCAAAUUCUUGUGAUCAAGAUAAUUAUAAGCCUGAUGAUGAAAAUGUAAUUUCUAAUAAAGAAGCUUAUAUUAUUAAUGAUGAUUCCAAAGAUAAUUCAUCCCAAUGUGGCGAUGGUGAAUUCCAUCCGGUGUACCAAAAUUUUAUAGAUAUGUGUUUUGAGCUUGAAAAUUCUGAGGAUAUGAAAAAAAUUGUUGACAAGAAAAUUAAAGCAUAUUAUAAACAAUGUCCAAAGGAAUAUGUUGAGUCUGAAGAAUUCAUUGAUAUGGUUUCCAGUAAAAUAGUCUCUAUGAGAGCUGCACCGGGAAAAAUGUACUUGUUUAUUAAAGAUAUAGUUGAUGAAUUGAAUUUGCAAAGGAAAAUGACAAAAUCUAUAGGACCAAAGACAACAGAUAUUGUACAAGAUAAAAUUAUUGAUGGUGAGGAAAGUGAAUAUGACUCCAAGAGACAAAAACAAAUAAGAAAAUUAGAGAAAACUAUAAAGAAAUUACACAGAGCUAUACAAAAACUGGAAGAACAAGAAGUAGAUUUUGAAGAUGAUGAAGAUUCGGUUUAUCUAUUGACUGAAAGGUAUAAAGAAAGAAUGGUCCGUGUCCAUGCAAAGUUUUGCCAGUUGACAAAUACGAAAAUGCCAUCAGAACCUCGUAUAAACUUAGAAGUUAGACCUGGACGACCAGUGGGCCCUGUACGAAAACUUGAAAAGUGGGUCAAUAAAAAAGUGCCAAUAGGAACACCAUUGCCAUUUCCUGACUUUCAUGAUGUUUUGCGGUGCGUCCGGGAGGCUAAUGAGGAAGAUAAUUUGGGUUGGAAUGAAGUUGAUAUAAUGGAAGAAGCUCGCGACUUAUUUACGAGAUGUGGAAAAAAACUUCAAAGGCGCCGACAAGAAAAUGAAUGGAGACUGGCUAUUUCAAGGAUAUCCCAUGAGGUAGAUCCAGCAGGAGAAAAUGUUGAACUUCAAAAGAAGUUAGAUGAAAACCAAUCUCUGGCAUCGAAAAAAGAGACAGAGCUUUUGAACAAGUAUGUGGAUAGACAGAAUCAAUUAAAGCUUGUAGCUGAAGAAAUUGGAGACAAAGAAGCAGAAGAGUCUCCUGUAGAAAGUGAGGAAGAGGAACUUGUUGAGGAUAACAAUUCUCUAUUGAACAAACAGAAACGUAAAGAAAGGCUCAAGAGACUACUCCAGGAAAAAAAUAGAAAGACAGAAGAAAAAGAAAAUGAUCCUACAAAAAAAGAAAACCAUAAUGUUAAAACUAAUGAAAAAAUGGUGCAAUCUAAACAAGUAGAGGGUAAUACUAAAUUUCAAGAGAACAGUCUAAACAAAAUAGACAUUCCAGACAUUGACGCCCAGGUUACUGAAGCAAGUGAUGUAAUUGAAAAUAUUGAUGAAGAUAUAAUAACAAAUAAAGAAGAAGAUAAAAAAGGUGAAAGUGACGUAAAUGAAUUUGAAUCUGAUAUCGAUGAACUACAUCUGUUGCAGAAAUUGCACUCUGGAAAUGAAAGUGAUGCAUCAACUCUUGAGUCUUCUGAUUCUGACACGCCAAUAGCUAUCUCGGAUACUUUAGAAUCAGACAGUGAUACAGAAAACAAAAAGCAUUUAAGUGAUGUAAUAAGCAUUGAAAAUUCUAGUUACUCUGAAUCUGAAGUUACUGCUGAGGGUUUUUCAAAAGAAUAUGAUGUAAAAAAAUCCAAUGUCGAAAACUUAGUGAGCUCUUCUUUCGAAGUUGAGUACUUCUCAAGAAGCCCUGGGCGGAAAGGAAAUGAAAACAUAAUUGAAAAUAUACUUCUCGCUUCGUCUGACGACGAUAGCUCAAAUAAAGAUACAAGUUAUAAUGAAACAUGCAUAAAUUUAAAAGACGACGAUAUAUCGUUCACAGAAACAUCAGUUGUAAAAACAGGACUAACUAUUAAUAAAAACUUGUUCGAGAACAAAUCUAUGAUAGAAGCACCUGUAGUAAGAACAGGAUUAACUAUCAAUAAAAACUUGUUUGAGAACAAUAAUGCUUUAGAAAUUCUAGAAAAUGUCAAUACAAAUAUGUUGAUCAAUGAACAAGGAGACAAACAAGAUACCAACCGUAUUAUGGGUACUAUAAUGGAAAUUUCUGAUGUUGGUGAUGAUAAUAAUUCAGGCGAGCGACCAAUAGACGAAGUAGAAAACAGAAGUGUAUCAGAUGUUAACUCAGUUGAAAGUCUCGAUCCCCAAAUUGAACAAAACCUAGAAGAAAUAAACUUACAAAUGGACUGUUAUAAAAAUAUAGAAUCAUAUAGUAUAGAGUUAAGUGGUGAGAGUAUGAAUAAUGACACACAGAAUGAUGUCAUUGAAGCAAAUUGCUCACCUGCCAAUAUUGAGACUGGUAAUGAUAAUACUAUGGAAACGGAAUAAAAGCCAUAUAUUUAUCAAAUUAACAAAACUUUAACAAUUCAGUAAUUUAACUGUCUUUAUUGCUUAUAAAUUUAGUUUUUUAAUUUUAUGCUGUAAAUAAAUAUUUAUGUUAUAAUUAAAUUAGACCUAUUUAAAUAAUAUACGGAUGGAUAAGCAGGACGUAGGUUGAAACAAAAUAGGUGUUUUAUUCUAAGAAUCUUCAUAUUUUAAGACUUGUAUACAUAACACUUAACUGUAAUAACUUUCGGGUACACUGAUUAUACCAAGCUGAGCUUAGGUUAACAGAAUGUAUCUGUCUAUAUUAUACUAUAUAAAUUUAUUAUAUUUCUUAAUAAACUAGUUAGUAAGGUCUACUCUCGAUUAAUAUCGUGUUAAGUUAAAUAGUCAAAAAAAUAAUUUUAAUUUGAAAUCUGGAAUUAAUGAAGAUUUUAGUAUUUUUCAAUUUAGUGAUUUUGAGUAUUUUACAGAUUAUAAUGAUAUCGUGAAUUUCUAAUGUGUGUGUUUUUUUUCUAUCAAAUAUUGCACAAUUUUAAGAUAAACAUUAUAAUCACUAGUUCUCAUAAGUAAAUCUAGACGAUUUGAUUGUACCCAAACAUAUUAGAAUAAAUUAAUUAUAAAAUAAUUAAAGAGAGUAAAAAUUGUAUUAUCAUUUUAUUCACUCUGUGUCACCAUAAUAAACAUAGUCAAAUCUUGGUGUAAUGUUAUCAGUGUCUGCUUAGAUUACCUUAAGUAAAUGUAUUAGGUUUAAUGUAAAACGAAAGGACUGAACAAUUGACAACUCUCUAACGGGGAUUCCUUAUAAGUAUAUUAAACUGUUUCGCUCGAAGCGAUCCUUAGCGUAAAUCACUUAUGAUAAAAAGUAAAUUUCAUUGUCUUAAGCGCUGCGAUUUGGGAGAUGUUAAAUUUCUUUCGUGGUGUGAAUUUAUACAGCAAAUAUUGCUAUUUCCAUCAGCGGCUUCGAUCCGCGUGUGAGAGGGGGAGGAGGGUAGGUGAGGGUCGGAGUUAAGUGCAGGUGCUAGGUAAUCUAUGUCUUUUUAUAUAUCCGUGGCACCGUGUAUUGCAAAAUUUCACGAUGGUCGGUUAUUAGUUGAGGCGUAAAGACUAGCAAACUAACGAAUUCGCGUUUAUAGUAUUAGUAAGGAUGAUCCCAAAUGGAUUGUCUUAAGAUGAUCCAAAUGCUUAACGCCCCUUAAAGAGGCUAAGUUAGUUCGAUAUAAAUAUAGUGGCAGACUUUUGUGAGUGAGUUAUCACGAAGGCGAAGAUUUUUGGUCUUACAUUUUUCUGUCAAUAUUUAAUAAACAGCUUGAUUGCUCAGUCCAGUCCAGAUCUAUAGAUUUCGAAUACAAUUAUUGAUGUAUAUUAAAAAAAAAAACAAUAUUUUUUAGUCGUCACAACAUUUAUUUACAAUAUUUACAAUGAUCAAAGCUUAAGUACAUAAUGUAUACAUUCCUCUAGUUAAAACAUAUUGGUCCAGCUGUAAAUGAGAACUCAUGCUCAGCGUCUACAAACGAAAGCGGCUGAAAAUCACUAAUCGGCAAUCUAUCGCUGCGAGAUGUCUUCACUUCAAGAACUAUUUCACCUGUUCC